AUGAGUAGCAAUGCCCCGCAUCUCCACCACCAUCAUCUCCAAGAGGAAGAAUUAUCCUACGGCCCCUUUGGCUUUCUGAAUCCUACAAUCAGGAGAGUCCCAUUGAGUUUUACAAUUUCCCACCAGAUAUCUUCCAGUGGUAACGUGGAUCAAAGCAGUGCAAAAAACACUGCGCAGAAAGGGCAGGAUGUACGACAAGACCAAGUUCGCUCAGAGGGAAUGUAUCGCGAGUUCAGGACAAGAGACAAUCGAAAAGGUUUCUCCCUCUUAAUCCCAACACAUCGCUUAUUCUUCUUUCUAAACAAACUUCCUUUCCAGGUCGCCACGCCCUAGCACUCACCCCACAAACCACAACCUACCUCACACCACCCCGCACAACAACCCCCUCCCAAACCCUCCUUGGCAUAUCCCGAAUGUUCACCUCCUACCCGUACUGGGACAUUUCCUAUCUCGUCACCGUGAUCUUCACGCUCGGCUCGGUGGUAUGGUGUAUCAAUGCCUUCUUCGUGUACCUGCCUCUGCAAAUCCCGUCCUCGGAGUUUGGGGGCGAGAUUGCGAAUGCGGGGGGGUAUUAG